CAAAGUCCCUUGUUGUUCAAGCAGAUGUCAUGCAGAGGGAGCUAGAGAGCUGCCUAAGAAGAGAGUACACUCCUGAAAAUUUACUUUUGCUUCUGUUGCAGUAUUAUACAGAGAGAAUUACCCAGCUGGCCCAGAGUAAAUAUUCACACAUGCUUAGAUGGAAGAGGUUUUGCCAGCACAGUAAGAUUAUGGAGCAACUUUAUCCUCUUUACAAGAAACAAGUUGCCUACAUUAUGCAGGAGUAUAAUGAUGCCGUUCAGAGAGCUGAAAGAUUGUCUGUUGCACGGGAAAACUUCCUAAUGGGAAAAAACAAUCCUUCUAACUUAGUGACACAGGAAGACCUGACUAUUUACACAAAGUGGUUUGUGUGUCACCUACACUCACUCAGGACUAUUCACCACUACUUACAGUCCCUCCAGUACUUGCCCAUCUCCAAAGUGCUGAGUGUAGCUGUCGAUGAAGUCACUGAGGCUGGUCAGGAGAAUGAAAAGGUCUGUGUCAAUGACACGAACCCUAACAACCAGGGUUCUGCAUCUCCAGGCUCGGUGGAUACCAGCAUUUCAGGGCUGACAAGAACAGAAGCUGUUUUUUUCCUGCCCCAACACACGACUGAAAGAGAAGAACUGACACCUCAGCUGGGGCUCCUGCUCUCCCAUUUCAAUAUCCCCUAUGACGUGGAAGAGCUGAGAGAUCCUGCUCAGGAAAUGGAACUUUUUAACUUGGUUUCCCUAAAAUUUCAAAGCAUCUUCAUGGAGCAACAGAGAAUGCAAACAUUUCCAGAUUAUGACGCGGAGAUAGCUAAAGUGGAGAAUUUGGGUUUGGCGGGACCUGGUAUGGCCUUGAAAAAGAGAGCUAACUGGACUUCCUUUAUAAAGAUUAAGCCAAAAUGUGAUCCUUGGCAAAAGAAGAUUUUGACCAAACUAAAAGAACGGAGAAGAAUAGAUGUAUUAAUGCAACUCCAAGCAAAGUUUUUGAAGAUUUCCAGGCCUGAGCGAGUAAAGCAAGUGCUCCAAGACCAUGCUGCAAAGACAGUCAUGCUGGCUCCAUCUCAUCCAACUUUCGUGGCUUCCCAGGAUUUGCAUCAGUGCAAUUAUGACCACAUCUGGGAGAAUAUUUAUAGCAACAUCAACCUCUACCAGAAUGAAAAUAUGAAGGAAGAUGACCUUUCAAUGGAACAAAAUGAAAAUUACCUAGCACAAAUAAGUUGCUGCCAACAUGCUGAUGAGCCUAUUAAGCAGAAAAAAGAGAAAGGGUACAGCUAUGCAGUGGCCCUACAACUGCUGGGUUUGGAUGGUGGGACUGGGCCCAGUGAUAGGGAUCCUGUCCUGAUGAGAGGGACCUACUUGUCCUUUCUGUAUCUGCGCCACCUGCGAAUCAGGGAGCUGCAGCGCACCUGUCUAGGAAUUCUGAACUACUUCAGAUCUGUUGAACGAACACUGACAAUCAACACUUCAGGCCUUACCUUGGUUGCAGGGAGUCUGGUCCCUACCAUAGAAGAUAGCUCCUGGGUAAAUAGGGCCACAGGAGGCUUGGGCACCUUGCAAGGCAUAGGAGCUCACCACUAUGUCCAUGGGACAGCCACCGAGCACAAGGUCCACAGUGUCCAGUUCAUGGAGUUCUCGGAAGUGGAGAACCAGGAUGACUACUACAGCAUGGACGCUGCUUGCCUCUACACGCAGGACCAGCGUGGAGUAAAUAUCAUGUAUGAUGAAGCCUUGAGUGAUCUGAAGGAGCUAGAGGCAGAACUGCUGCUUGUGGCCAGCCAUUACAUUGAGAAAGGAAAAGGUCACAAAGAGGGCAACGAGUCAAAUACUGGCCAGGACUGGGGAUGGGCCCAUGCAAGUGUGGAUAGAUUUGCUGUGCUGUAUGACAUGUGGACUUGGGAAGCAGCCCUUCUAGAAAACAAGCGUCAGCUUCUUGACUGUUACUUUGAAGCCUACCAGCACGUUCUGGACCCUGAGGAGAGGUUUGCCUUAGCACAAGUGAUCACUGACAUCAUGCACAGGCGCCCAAGGUUUGAUUUCAGCCACCCUUACUUCAUUAAGGCCUACCGAGAUGAAUGCACCUGUCUGAGGCUUCACUUGCAGCUCGUGAGGGGCAUCCUCAAUCAGCACAUAGAGUGUCAGCGGGAGUAUGUCCAGAGGCUUUGGCAGGAAGGCCGUCCGGAUGAUAGCAGUAACUUUGGGCUUCCCCUUAACAUAAUUUGCAAACAACUUGUUUCCAUCAACAAUAGCUGCCCAGCUUUGAAAAACAUUUAUCUGCUGGAGUUCCACCCUUCCCUGGGUCUCGCAUCACUCAUCCCCCAAUCCCUUGAGUACCUCCUCCGGGAGGCCCGCCACACCUGCAGACCCACAUCCGUCAGCAGCCUCACCUUGCUGGAGAGACGUGUGCUGCAGCUGGCCCUGGAUGUGUGGCUCACACCAGCCAGGCCCGAGUCCUGGUACAGCACUCAGCUCCAGAGAGAUCUGUUUUCAGCUAAAGUAAUGGGAGAUCCCUUUCUCCUAGAAGAGAUAGGUCUGCUCGCACUCAAGACUGCAGCAGACAAAGGAGAGAACCAAAGCCAAGAUUCUCCUGUGCUGCUCCUGGAGACAUUUUCCAAACUUCUAGAACUUCUGACCCUCCGCCACCGGCUGAUAGAAAUGAGUCUGGAGAGUGUACAUUUAGCUCGUCUCUAUAAGGAAUUGGCAUGGGAGAUGGGUUUUGAAGAGUUCCAUUUGUAUCUGAGACCUGUUCACUUUGAAUUUGCACCACUCAAAGAAAAAGUGGACCGUCCAUAUCCUGUCUUUAUCACCUCUCUACUGAAGGACAGUGAUCAAGUGGACAGAUAUUCUCCUACUACUCUUGUCUUAGCCAUCUCUGAGGUGGAUGAUAACCAGGUUGGCAAGUUUAGCUUUUAUACAAAGGAAGCCAUCCUUAAGGUAAAUUUUUUUUUUUUUAAAGAAAACUAAAGUAAAAUUAAGCAAUUUGCUCAUGUAUUUC